GGCGGCGGCGGCGGCGCGGGCCGAGCGGCGCGCGGAUUGGCUGCGGCGGGCGGAGACGUCAGGCAGCCGCGGCCCGAGCGGCCGCCCGCCCCGGCGCGGCUCGGCGCAGUCGGCUGCAGCGCGCCUCGCCGUGCGGAGGUGUCCGAGCCCUCCCGCCCCGCCGAGAGCCGGGUCGCGCCCCCGCGCGCGCCUCGCCGCCGCCGCCCCCGCCGCCCGCCGCGCCGCCUCGCCAUGACCAAGCCGGAGAAGAAGACUUUCCACCAGAGCCUGGCCGAAUGGAAGCUCUUCCUCUACAACCCCGGCACCGGGCAGUUCCUGGGGCGCACCGCCUCGAGCUGGGGUUUGAUCUUGCUCUUCUAUCUGGUCUUUUACGUGUUCCUGGCUGCACUCUUCACCUUGACGAUGUGGGCGAUGCUUCAGACGCUGAGCGACGAGGUUCCGAAAUACCAAGACCGCAUUCCUACUCCAGGGGUUUCGAUAUUCCCGAGGUCACCUACUCCGCUGGAAUACACAUACAAUGCGAGCGAUCUAGAUACCUACAGGGGGUUGAUUAAUGACAUCGUGAGAAAUCUAAAACCGUAUGCAAAUGAACUGCAGGUGAAUCACACGUCGUGUCCCCAAGACACAUAUUUUGAACAGGCGGGGCCAGUCUACACGGCAUGCCAUUUUCCUCUCAGGUUUCUGAGGGCCUGCGGCACCGCAGGUGCUCAUGGUGACUUUGGCUUCUCGAGAGGAAGGCCGUGCUUUUAUUUGAAAAUGAACAGAAUAAUCGGAUUAAAACCUCAAGGAAAUCCAAAGAUACACUGUUCACUAAAACAAAAGUACACGACAGAGGCAGCGAUAGUGAGUUUUCCUGAUGAAGGAAAACUAAAUUUAAAAUAUUUCCCGUAUUAUGGAAAAAAACGGCAACCAAAUUACCUGCAGCCAUUGGUCGCCAUCCAAAUCCAGUUCAACACCUCGUUCACGGACGCUGAAGCUGUAGUUGACUGCUCUGUCGAGGACUCGCCCAACCUAAAGAACAACGAUGACCGCGACAAGUUUCUGGGCCGACUUUCCUUCAAAGUCCAAAUGUUCGAUAAUAAGCGUUAGGCUUCCCACCUGCGGGCGUGUCGUCUGUCUUCAUUUCGUAUCAGCUGGACCUGCCAUUCUAGAAUUAGGAUCCCACCUUGGAGGAGGUGGGUGGUACCUGACGCUGGGGUGACCUGGUGACGAGCCUCCUGACCACAGUGUCCUCAGAGUGACCUGCCUUUGAAACGGGACAGUGCCCACGAGGGGCCCUGAGCACCUGAUUCUGAACCUGAAGACGGGGUUCAUGUCCUGUUUCUAGGUGGUUUAAUUGCCAAGUGUCUAAAGCUUCAUGUGCUGUGCUCUGUAAAUAUUUUCUAGAUUAACUGGUUAACUGUUGUAUUUUGAUGCCAGCCAGGUUUGAGGGAUUUAAGAGGUUACCCAGCCAACAUCAAAUGACUAGAACUCCAAGAAACGUGGGUGGAGAAGGUCUGUUUCUGUAUAUGAAGCGAAAACGAAAAUAAAAGUGGAUUUGAACGAUG